AUGACUCCAGUGGAUGAGGUCGUGCAUGAUGUUCCCAAAACUGAUAGCAAAGACCAUUGUAUUAUUGUCAACCAUCCUGAACUAGAUUGUACAAGUCAGCAAGAGUUGGAGAUGUAUUCGCAAUAUGAUGGGUACCUUAACGAAACAUCAAAUUGGAUAAACAGAGCCUCGACAAACACAUGGAGUUAUGACAAAGAAUAUGGUAUACCCAGACAAUUAGCAUUUGGUGACGGAGAUGAUCAAACAACAACUAAGGAAAAUGCUCGAAAAAAGAUUACUCCAAGGGCAGCUUGUUGGAGCCAUUUCACCAAAUUUGUGACUAAAGAGGAGGAGAAGAGAGCAAGGUGCAAUGCAUGUGAUGUUACUUACACCAUGGAAUCAACUUCGGGUUCUACAACGAAUUUGAAUAACCAUUUGAAAAUAUGCCUAAAAAAACCUCAAGGUAAUACUUCUAAUCCGAAGCAGUCAGAAUUAUCAUUUGUGAAGGUUAGCCAAGAAACGACGGAUUUAUCAACUUGGGUGUUUGAUAAAGAUGCUAUUAGAAAAGCAUUGGUUCGUAUGAUAAUUGUGGAUGAACUACCUUUUAAAAUUGUAGAGGGAGAGGGUUUUAAAUACUUUCUUUCUAUAGCAUGCCCACGGUUUAGUCUUCCAUCUUGUUGGACAAUUAGAAGGGAUUGUCUUGAUUUAUUUAACUCCAUGAAGAGUGUGAUGAAGAAUUGUUUUGAAAAAGAUAUAAGUAGAGUUUGUUUGACGACAGACACUUGGACUUCAUUGCAGAGGAUAUCUUACAUGGUUUUAACAGCACACUGGGUGGAUGAUGAGUGGAGGUUGCAAAAAAGAAUUAUAAAUUUUUGCCCAAUAUCUGCUCAAAGAGGUGAAAGCAUAGGUCAAACCAUUGAAAAAUGUCUUCGAGAUUGGGGGAUUGAGAAGGUCUUCACUAUUAUGGUUGAUAAUGCAUCCGCCAAUAGUGUUGCCAUUGAAUAUUUGAGAAAGAAAUUGAAUCAUCGAAAUGCUUCUGUUGCAAAUGGAAAAUUUAUUCAUAUGAGAUGUGUUGCACACAAUCUUAAUCUCAUUGUGCAAUACGGUAUUAAGGAUGCUUCUGUGUAUGUGGAUCGAGUUAGAGGUGCUGUGAGGUAUAUAAGAGCAUCACCAUCGAGGUUGACAAAAUUCAACCAACGGGUAAAAGAAGAAAUGAUAGAUAGUAAGGCUCAAUUGUGUUUAGAUGUGCCAACUAGAUGGAACUCAACAUAUAUGAUGUUAAAGGUGGCCGAAAAAUAUGAGCGUGCAUUUGAAUCAUAUUUACGUGAUGACCAUAAUUUUUUUCUUGACCUUACUGCUGGAGAUGGAGUUCCUACAUUUGAUGAUUGGGAUAUUGUUCGAAGAGUUAUAAAAGUAUUAGAGCCUUUUUAUCAUCUUACACUGAAGGUGUCCGAAUCUUUGCAUGUUACCUCUCAUUCACUUUUUGAAGUAUUGACAGAUAUGCAUUGUCUUUUUGAUGGGUGGCAAGAUUGUGGAGAUCUAGAAAUAAUUUCUAUGACUUCCAAAAUGAGAGAAAAAUAUAAUAAGUAUUGGGGUGAAGGAAACAAGAUCAACAUGCUAGUUUACUUGGCGGUCAUCUUUGAUCCACGAUGUAAAAUGAGUUUUUUGGACUUUGGGGUCAACUUGCUUUUUCCUAAUGUUGCUAAUGACAUUAUGAAAAUGAUUGAUAAAGAAUUGCAUUGCUUGUUCAAUGAGUAUUCUUCUAAUGCCGGGAGAAUUCAAUUGUUUGAAGGUAGAUCUAGUUCUUUGACAAAUUUUUGUAGUUCAAUGGAAAUAGAUCAGUCAGAAAUGAAAACGGGCUUAGCCAAACAAAAAUACCUUAAGAAGAAGAAACAAGUUCGAUUAGAAAGCAAAUCUGAGUUGGAUAGAUAUUUGGGUGAGGAUGAAGAAUCCUAG